AGAGUAGAACAUAUUUCAUAUCCUUCAGUUUCUCUUAAUUGUAUUCUUAGUUUUGUACGGUAGAUAUUGUCAUCGUUUAUGAACCAUAUGAUAAAAACACAAAAUCAGCAUCAGAGUCACGAAGCAGAAACAAUAAAGACUUUAUGAAACUUCAUGAAACUUCAUGAAAAUAAGAACUGACAAACAUCGGUGCUGUCAGUGAGUGGUGGUAUGUCCGCCUGCCUGUGAACGCAGCAUUAAAGCGGCUCUCCUGGCGGACUCAGCCCAGUUGAGGUGAAUCUUCUCCGGGUUCACAACCGUCCGCAGGUCGCUGUGCUCCCGGUCCCCCGGUUCUCCGGUCCCCCGGUGCCCCGGUGCCCCGGUGCCCCGCCGCCGCCGCUCGUCCACGGACCCUCGUCCCGGUUCGACCCGUAACGACACUUUCCACUUCCAGAGUUCAGGAAGCUAAGUUAGCAUGCUAGCAGGCAGCGGAGGGUGUGUGUGUUGUGUGUCGGUGCAGUUGUGUCGCUGAUGGAGGAGAAGUUGUGUGUUUCCAGAAGAGGAGAAAAGUCUGGACAUAAACAGAACGACAGACAGAAGGAAGAAGAUGUUUGAAAAUGUCCUGACAGUGUCCUCUGCCGAGCGGCAGCAGGUUCUCGGAGCUCUGGACCGUCUUCACUCUAAACUGGUCCAGAAGGAGGAGUGGACUCACAGUGACUCUGUGGGGAACCUGAGGGAGACGCUGCAGAGCCCUUUGUUCAACCACAUCCUGACACUGCAGCACUCCAUCAAACAGCUGAGACACCAGCUGAGCAGCAUGCCUCCUGACGCCUGCAGCGAGUUCAGCUUCUCUAAGAAGGGUCAGCUUAUCAUGAGCGCCACCAGCAGCUCGGCCCCGCCCACCCUCUCUGCCUCCUCCUCCUCCAUCCUGACCAAUGGCUCGUCACCGCCCAUCAAUCAGAACCCGCCCACACUAGACGUCCUCCAGAAGUGGAUCCUCAUUGCCGCCCAGGGCCGGCACACGGAGCUGGUGCGUCUGACUCGGCCUCUCUCUGGAGGUCUGGGCUUCAGCGUGGUCGGUCUGAAUCCAGCAGGAAGCAGCAGUCAGGGGGUCUUUGUCAAACACGUUCAGCCUGGAGGCAUCGCUCACAGGGACGGACGUCUCCAGGAGCGAGACCAGAUCCUGGUGAUUAACGGUCACCCUCUGGAGCCGGGGGUCGACCAGCAGCAGGCCCUGACCCUCCUGCAGCAGCCCGGAGAGACUGUGGAGCUGAUGGUGGCCCGGGAUCGCCCACCCAGUGCGCCGUCGCCCAUCACACUGGUCAACAAGGACCAGUGGAGUCAUGUGGAGGAGAUCGAGCUGGUGAAUGACGGAUCUGGUUUGGGCUUCGGCAUCGUGGGGGGGAAGACGUCGGGGGUGGUGGUCAGGACGCUCAUCCCCAACAGUGUGGCGGACAAGGAUGGACGUCUCCGCACAGGUGACCACAUCCUCCGAAUUGGGGCGACGCCCACCACGGGCCUCACCAGCGACCAGGUCGUCAAGGCUCUGCAGGGAUGUGGGAGUCACGUGACCAUGCUGAUUGCCAGGGAUCCUCGAGGUCAGAGGUCAACAGGUCCUCAUCCCCCACCACCUCCAGACUCUGCCCCCGUCUCCUCCCUAUCCCCCCGACCCCCUGAGCUGCCCCUCCAACGCCCUGACCACGCCCCCCAACGCCGCCUCAGCAAGACGCCCAACCUGGAAGGAUACGAGAUCCACGAGGUUCCUCUCACCAAGAAUGACGGUCAGAGUCUCGGUAUCUCCAUCAUCGGCUACAAUCCUCUGACCAGUCAAGAUGCAGUCGGAGUGUUUGUGAAACACGUGGUUCCAGGGAGCGCUGCUGACCAGAGCGGGAACAUCUUGGUCUACGACCGACUGAUGGCUAUGGACGGCGUCAGUCUUCACGGAAUGACCAAUCAUGAGGUGCUGGAGGUGAUGAAGCAGACGGGUCAGACUGUGGUUCUCACUGUGGUCAGGAAGAAACCCAGAGCCCUGGAGAGGUCCCUGGAUAAAGUGGAGAGGGAGUCGUCUCGUGUGUCUCUGCAGAGGUCACUAGAGGUCAAGUCUCGCUCUUCUGGCUCCUCGACAAUGAAGCUGGAACAGAUGCACCUGAGCACAGCACAGCUCAGCAGAGAAGCAGAACUGAGAGCUAAAUGGGAUCAGGCUCUGGGACCAACAUACCAAGUGGUGGAGUUGGAUCCUGUCAUUGAAGAUGAUGCAGAGCUGCAGAAAUCCUCCAAACUGCUGCCUGUGCACACGCUGCGUCUCGGGGUGGAGCUGGACUCGUUCGACGGUCACCAUUACAUCUCGUCUGUGGCCCCUGGAGGCCCCGUGGAUAAACAUGGAGUGUUGAGACCAGAGGACGAGCUGCUGGAGGUGAACAAUGUUCAACUGUACGGGAAGACUCGUCGUGAAGUGGUGUCGUUCCUUAAAGAGGUUCCUCCUCCAUUCACUUUGGUCUGCUGCCGACACCCGACCUCUGACCUGGAGCCAGAGCCAGAACCAGAACCAGAGUCUGAGUCUGAGUCUGAACCGGCGUCAGGACCCGGACGAGGAGCGGCAGGACGAUCGCAGCCCAGCGUGGAGGAGAUCGAGUUGAAGUUGUCGUCGAUGCUCUGCAGUCAGACGGUCCUGAGAGACCAACAGCAGCAGGUAGUUACACAGGAGGAGGAGGAGGAGGUGGAGGAGGAGGAGAGUCAACACAGCCAGGAGGAGGACGAGGAGGAGGAGGAGGAGGAUGAUGAAGGGGAGCUGGCUCUGUGGUCACCAGACGUUCAGAUGUUGGAGCUGCAGAAGGAGCGAGACAAAGGCCUCGGCUUCAGUAUCCUCGAUUACCAGGACCCGUUAGAUCCUGGUCGCUGUGUGAUGGUGAUUCGCUCUUUGGUUCCUGGCGGGUCAGCUGAGCGUCACGGUGGCCUACUUCCCGGAGACCAGCUAGUUUCAGUCAACCACAUCCAACUGGACCUGCUCACCUUGGCCCAGUCUGUGGAGGUCUUAAAGUCUAUCCCAUCUGGCACUGUCCGCCUGGGUAUCCGGAAGCCUCUGGUGGUGGAGGCGACAGAGAGGAGCAGAAAGGACGACAACACGACGUCUCUCAGCAACACGCAGCUGCCUGUUCCAAAGGGCUUCGGUGAUGGCUCCAUCCUGCCUGAAGACCUUCGACGGGAAGAAGAGGAGGAGGAGGAGGAGCCAGAGCUUAUCCUGGAUGGAGGUCUGCCUCGCUACGCCACCUCCUGCAUGACCUCUGUCCUCCUGCCUGUAGAAGAGGGUAGGGAGAUGGCUGUGGACGAGGAGGAGAUGAAGACGACAGAAGAGAGAGAAGAGGAGAAGAUGGGCUCUCUCUCCAGGAAACCUCCCCCGUCAUGGGAGGAGUGGAGGCUCACCUCCUCCAGCCGAGGUCGACCAGAGGAGAGCUGGAGUCACAAGCAGGAUGACGAGCAGACGUCAGAGCGAGAAAGUAUCGUGUCUGAAGGAAACCAGAUCCUGGACUUCAGAGACAGUGAAGCAGAGUCUGAGCUCACUCUGACAGACACCGACACAGAGUCUGUCAGGAUGAUUGACAUGGGGAGGAGGAAGAGGCGGACCCAGGGAGGAGCCUCUCUACCAAUCAGAGGAGGCCACAGGAAUCUUCCUGAACGAGAGGAGGGGGAGGGAGAGGAAACUCCGGCCUUCAGUCACUGGGGACCCCCCCGCAGGGUGGAGGUGUGGGCGGAGGAGGAUGAGUCUCUGGGCCUGAGCAUCGUGGGAGGUCAUCACGUCAUCAAGCGUCUGAGGAACGGCGAGGAGCUGAAGGGAAUCUUCAUCAAACAGGUUCUGCCAAAGAGUCCUGCCGCCAAGACGCUUUGUCUGAAGACCGGAGACAAGAUCCUGGAGGUGUCAGGUGUUGACCUACGAGCUGCCAGUCACGAGGAGGCGGUCAGUGCCAUUAAAUCAGCUCCGAGUCCGAUCGUCUUCAUCGUCCAGAGUCUUUGUGCGACGCCUCGGCCUGUCUCUCUAACAGCUCCCAGCUACAUUAAACACAAAGGGAAGACGAUGGACUCUCUGAAAACCACGCCCCCUCUGAGACAGCCCCCGCCCUACACUGCUCCCAGCCAAUCAGAGAACGAGCUGAACUCUGACCUGGAGCAGGCCAAAGAGCGCUGGUGUGAGCGUUACGGAGACCUGCAGGGGGAGCUGUUGUGCGUGGAGGUGGAGAAGGAGCGUCAGGGUUUGGGUCUCAGUCUGGCAGGAAACAGGGAUCGUUCCCGCCUCAGCAUCUUCGUGGUUGGACUCAGUCCUGGAGGAGCGGCGGCUCGAGACGGACGCAUCCGGGUUGGAGAUGAACUGUUGGAGAUCAACAACCAGAUUCUUUAUGGGCGGAGUCACCAGAACGCCUCGGCCAUCAUUAAGAGCGCCGGCUCCAAGGUGAAACUCAUCCUGCUCAGAAAUGAAGAUGCUAUAAACCAGAUGGCUGUCCCCCUUCCUCCUCCCCCUCCUCCCCCUGUGCUCAGCCUUGAGUGCGUCUCUCCAGCUGCCCCUGGUGUCCCCGCCCCCUCAGACGGGCCGUGCCCCCCCGACAGCCUGGUGCUCCACCCGCCACCACCAUCCUCAUCCUCCUCUUCUUCAUCUGAGACACAGGUGAGCCUGUGCGGUGAAGCUGAGGUGGUCCCAGUGACGGACCCGUCGCCACCGGACAAGACGAACGAUGAGGCCGAACACAACAGGAACAGAAGCAGCGUGAGCGCCCCCCAGAGUCUGAGCGAGGCCGACGCCCUCAGAAAGAGACAAAAGGAGUCCCCAGUUGACGAGCUGCAGGCUCCGCGGGCGUUGCUGGAGCAGCAGUCCUGCAGGUCGUACAGCAGCUCCAGUAAACAGACAGCAGCUGCUCCUCUGAUCAGCCCUGACCUGCAGACUGUUAACAGAGACCCAUCAUGCUGUGCCGUGGUUCCUGGUCAGGAAAUGAUGUUGGAGAUCUGUAAAGGUCGAUCGGGACUUGGACUGAGUAUAGUGGGAGGAAGAGACACACAGCUGGAUGCCAUAGUGAUCCAUGAGGUGUAUGAGGAAGGAGCUGCAGCCAGAGAUGGUCGACUGUGGGCAGGAGACCAGAUACUGGAGGUCAACGGUGUAGACCUCCGGGGAGCGUCCCACGAGGAGGCGAUCGCCGCCCUGCGUCAGACGCCGGCAAAGGUUUGUCUGAUGGUGCUGAGGGACGAGGCUCAGUACAGAGACGAGGACAACCUGGACAUGUUUAAGGUGGAGCUGCAGAAGAGGAGCGGCAGAGGACUCGGACUCAGCAUCGUCGGGAAGAGGAGUGGCAGUGGUGUGUUUAUCUCUGAGGUUGUCAGAGGGGGCGUGGCUCAGCUGGACGGUCGUUUAAUGCAGGGAGAUCAGAUCACGUCAGUGAACGGAGACGACACGAGACACGCCUCCCAGGAAACUGUGGCCGCCAUCCUGAAGUGUGCUCGGGGUCCGGUCCUGUUGGAGCUCGGCCGACUCAAAGCUGCAUCCUGGAUCUCAUCCAGACGUAUCUCACAGGGAAGUCAGAUGAGUCAUGUGAGUGGAGCCAGCUCAGGUGUCGUAGCUCCGCCCCUCACACAGCCCCCAGCCUCAUCUGACCCCCCCGCCUCCAACCCUCCGGCCGUGACCUCCUCCGUGACCCUGCUCCUCAACAACAACGUCACUUCCUCCUCUGACAUCACUUCCUCCUCUGACAUCACUUCCUCCUCUGCCAACAACACAGAUGCAGGCUCUCGUACAGUGACAGUCACAAGGGGCGUCAGUGACUCCCUCGGGGUGAGUAUAGCGGGGGGGAAGGGUAGCCCGCUGGGCGACAUCCCGAUCUUCAUCGCCAUGAUUCAGGCCAAUGGCGUCGCCGCCAAGACGCAUCAACUCAAGGUCGGAGACAGGAUCGUCAGUAUUAACAGUCAGUCUGUGGAAGGUCUGUCACACAGUGAGGUCGUCACCAUGCUGAAGAACAGCUACGGAGGCAUCAACCUGCAGGUGGUCGCAGACACCAACAUCAGCGCCAUCGCCACUCAGGUGGAGAGUUUGUCCGGCGGCUUUAGUCUGACGGACAACACCGACACACACACAGCAGAACCAGAGGGUCCGCGGCCCCGCAGCAUCAGUCUGGAGAAAGGCUCUGAAGGACUCGGCUUUAGCAUCGUUGGAGGAUUCGGGAGUCCACACGGAGACCUGCCCAUCUACGUCAAGACCGUCUUCAGCAAGGGAGCGGCGGCGGUGGACGGGCGUCUGAAACGAGGCGAUCAGAUCCUGUCGGUGAACGGAGAGAGUCUUCAGGGAGCGACGCACGAACAGGCCGUCGCCAUCCUGAAGAAACAGAGAGGAAGUGUCACACUGGACAUCCUGUCAUAACACACAGCUCUUUCUAUAGUUGUGAGGACACUCAUCCACAUUAUGCAUUUUCCAGCACUGACACUUUCACAUGUCAAGGUGUGAGGACACACACACACACACACACACACACACACACACACACACACACACACACACACACACACAGGGCUCAGGGCCUCAUGUAGCGUCUCCUGAUCGUGAUGAUCUCUGCUCGUUGUCACAUCUCAACAUUUACUGAACACGUUGCCAUGACACCUGAGGUUUGCUUCGGCUCAACUAAAUUGAACAGUUGUUGAUAUUUAUUAACGAGGAUUCACAUCAUCUUCAAAAUAAAUACUGAGAUUUCAGUUCCAGAGACGAGUCAGAAGAUGUCGAGAGUAAACAUCCAGAUUCAGUCUAGGGUGGUGUCAUGAUGAAAAACUAAAGGGAAGUGAAGAGAACGCUGCUGCACACGUUAGCUUAGCAUCUCCUCUGUGUAAAGACUGGUUAGCUGUUAGCAUGGAGUUAUUAUUGUAAAUGUGGAAACUGUUGAAACCGAGCUCAUCUGGAACAUCUGGAGCAACACAUGACCAUAUAUGGACAGAGGAACCCUCAGUGUAACGUGUCGUUCACGUCUCCUGUCGAGUUUCCUCCAGAUGUUGUCGUCGGACGUGUUUCCUGUUUGUUAACAAACCAUCGGAACAAACAGCCCGUCCACGGACCUUCGGCCACUUUGUGCAGUUUGCCUGUUUAUUGCUGAAGCUCGAAUCAAAACUGUGACAGAAUUAUGUUUGUUUAAUAAAAUCCUUUAUUGAUAAGUUAUAGAUCGGUUAUUGUUACUGAGAAGCAGCUCUGUGUUUCCAGGUGGAGACAGUUUGACCUCUGACCUUCUGCUGCAGGACGUCUGCUCCAAACUUUACUUACAAACUGAUCGAUUAUAGAACCUGUUAUUGAUGAUUUAUAAAUAACAGCAGGUAACUUUAUUAACAUCUUACUAACGUGUAUAACGUCUUGUGAUUUAUUAGAAAGUGAUUUUAUUCAUGUUUCAUCGUCACUAAACAGUUUAAAUCAAUCAGAUUAAAAUAUUGAAAUAGUCUUUAAUCCAAACUGUCAUAAAAACUGUUUUUAAAUCAACUUGUUCUCGACAGUUUCUCAAUUUCACAUUUAUUUAUUUUCAUCCAUUUAAAAACUAAGUGUUUUAUGAUCACGACUAUGAAAAGAAAAAGUGAAGUGACAACAGAAUCAGAAUCAAUCACAGAUUUAAUAGAAACUGAUCAGAUUUAAAUGAAGUAAAAGACAUGAAAUAAAAAUUAGAUGAAUAAAGUAAUAAAGUAAGAUAAUCACGAGACAAAGUCAGACUGAAGUAAAAGCAACAUAACAAGGUUUCUGAUCCACAGAAUCUGUAAAUGAGUUCAUAAAUGUUCGUAUCAAUACACGUCUGCAGCUGUUAAUGGAAGUUAUCAGUUUUUAAAUAAAGUUCGGUGCAGACGUCCUGCAGGUCAGAAGUCAAACUGUCAAUCAGAGACGUCUCCUGAGACGACGCGUCCACAGGAGGAUUUUCCGGAGAGCUUCUUCUAAUGACUAAUAACUGAUCAAUAAAUGAUAAGUCUUCAAUGAUCCAUCAUUUACAGCUGAUGAACUUUAGAAUUAGAGCGUCUCACCUGUGAUGCUCAGGGUGUGACAUCACUGCAGGGGCGUGGCCACAGGUGUCUCACUUCUUCUUCCUGUCGUCUGUAACGUGCCAUCGUCUGAUACAAUUAGUUGUAUUUUUUAUUUCAGUGAAAAUUUAAUUUCCAUAAAGUUGUUAUUAUAUUAUUGUUAUGAAUCCACAUAUAAAAUAAACUACUGAUGAGACUCUCAGGACUCGGUCGUCUGGGAGACGCUCUGUCGCUCCCGGCAACAGAUGCAGUGUCUCACACUUGCUUGUUACCGUGGAGACAAAUGUGACGGAUCAUAAAAAAAGACGAGAAGAAAAGCGACAGACGACAUUUAGUGAAAAACUCGUGUUCACUUCAGACUUUAGCUUAGCUUAGCACAAACACUAGAAGCAGAGGGAAAGUGUUAGCAUUAAAACUCCACACAUGGAAAUUUAAAACAUGAAGAUUUUUUUGUUUCCUGGUUUCAGUGGAGACUGAUUUAAGGUUGAUUCAAGAAUAUUUUUAAAUGUUGUAAAUUAAAGUUAAAUUACUGAUGGAAAGUUUGAUGCUCUCGUAUGAAACAACUUCACAUGAUUCUGUAAAAUUCAAAACCUUCAAAACUUCUUCGUAAAAUGUCGAAUAUUUGCUAUUUUUUGUCAAAUGUCACAGUAAACUGAUAUUUUCAUGUUUUGUAGAUUUAUUGAAGAGAUUCACUGAGGUUUUAUGUUUAAAUAUGGAAAUGACUCAGAUAUUUAAAGAACAUAAAUCUGAGCUCUGGAUAAAACCAGGUUCAAACUUCUUGUUUCAUAUUGACGACGAUUGGACUCAAAGGUUUGUACAGAAAACAUCUUGGAUCAAAUUCACCUUCAGCGUGUUUUUGUGAAUAAAAUAAAUAUAUAAAUCAGAUUGUGAAAGACACAUGAACAAACCUUCAGAAUAAAACCCUUCAGAAUAAAGGUCAGACAGUGAAACUGAUUUAAAUCUUAGACACAAACUGAAAUGUGUAUUUGAGAUUAUUUCCUCUGGUCUGACAGAAAAACCAAGAAGUUGUGCUUUAACCUUUUGUUUCCAUCUCUGCUGUCAGACUUCAAACUGAUUAUAAUUUAAUUUAAACUCUGAGAUCAGAUCUGACUUUGGUUCAGACUGAGAACACGAGGAUUCGUUCAAAUGUAACUUCCUGUUUUAUUGACAUGAACUUUGUCAGUCAAAUGUAAAAUACUUUUUUAUUUUCAUCUUUUUGUGUCUUAAUUGAAAUGAGAUUUUCUUUAUCUGUUGAGUCUGAAUUGAUGUAAUUUAUUUUUUCAUCUCACUGGAAACGAACACUUGAAUUAGUUGUUGCUUCAUUAUGAUGAAAAGUCCGAAUCACAGUAGAAAACCUGCAGAAGUUUAACGUCUUAUUUCUUCAUCGUUUCCUACAAACACGGGAUUAAAACUCUAUAUUUGAAUGAAUCUUUUCAUCUCCUGAAUAAAGACGAGACCGACUCCUUUUCUUCUAAACGUCACUAAAACACUAAACACACAUUGUAAAUGACCACAUUUAUAUAUAUUAAAAACGACUUGAAGCAUUGAGUUAAA